GAAAUCUAGAAGUAAAAAAGGAGAAGUCGCAGAUGGCUAUGUCCGCAGCUCACACCCUCCAAAUUCCGGCCUCCACCGCCAUUACACGGAGGCGAUCCAUCACUCCCUCUGCCAGCACCGCCGUGUCCUUGUGGAGGCGGCCUUCACCGGCCAUUCCAUCUAUUUCAAGCCGUCAAAUGUCCUUCAAAUGCCAUGCCAUUUCCAAGUGUACUACUGAAAUCAUAGGCAUUGCAACUGACAAUGCCCCAGAAGCAUUGGGGCCCUAUUCUCAGGGAAUCAUAGCCAACAAUCUUGUAUAUGUAUCUGGCUCCCUUGGUCUAAUUCCUGAGACAGGGCAAUUGAUCUCAGAUGAUGUUGGAGAGCAAACUGAGCAGGCCCUAAAAAAUGUUGGUGCAAUAUUAAGAGCUGGAGGGGCUGAUUAUGAUAGAGUGAUUAAGACAACUAUUAUGUUGGCUAAUGUAGCAGAUUUUACAUUAGUAAAUGAGAUUUAUGGAAAAUAUUUUCCAAACUGCCCUGCACCAGCAAGAUCAACAUUUGCAGCUGGAGCAUUACCCAAAAAUGCUAAGAUUGAAAUUGAUGCAAUAGCUGUGCUUUGAAUUGGAAGUUUAUAUUAAUAUAGUUUUUGAAGGCAACAUUAUCAUCAUAAAUUUAAAUAAGUUGGAGCGUUGGAGAUAUAUAGCUUAUGAAAGGGAACAUAUUCACCAAAUUUACUAUUUGGUUUGUGUAUUAUUACCUUAGCUAGGCUUUAUCUUGUUACCAACGUUUUAUUAUUGUAAUAACUUUAUAUUUUCACUAUCAUAUGCAUUUAAGCUGUGGAAGUGAAAAUAAAGAGGUAAUGGAAGAUAGUGUUGUCUUGGUUAUAUGAAGAGCUUUUCUCAA